GUCUAGUCCAUCAACCCUUUUCUCCUCGCUCCAGCUUUUAAGGCAGUUCCUCCACCAUAUUUAAACCGUCACCAUGCGUUCCACAAGCUUCGUCGCCGUCGCCCUUUGCGCGUUCGCUUCUACUGCCUACUCAGCACCUACUCCCCAGUUGAGCAACAUCAUUGGCUCCAUCACUAACCCUGGAGCUGGUAACAACAACAAGUUCGAGGGCAUUGCCAACGGCAAUGGAAACGGUAAUGGCAAUCACAACGAGGCCGGUAACAACAAUGGCAACAAAAACGAGGCUGGCAACAAGAACGGCGCUGGAAACGGCAACACGAUCAAAUUCCCCUCCCUCGGCCUGAAGGAGCGUGAUGCUCAGCCCGGUCUUCUCGACGGCCUCAGCGGCAUCACCAACACCAUUGGCUCCAUCACCAACCCCACUGCCGGCUCAGGCAACUCCUUCAAGGACAUUGCCAACGGCAACGGAAACGGAAACGGCAAUGGCAACUCUGCUGGCAAUGGCAACGGUAACGGCAACUCCGCCGGAAACGGCAACCAGGCUGGCAACGGCAACUCUGUCUCCUUUAAGGCAUAAGUUGGCUGCCGCCCGACAAUAGUUGAUUGUAAGAAAAGCGUGGACGUUUGUGUUAUAAUGGAUAUGGUAUUUUGAGCGUCACCCCGGAGGAGCGCAAGUGCGAGGCACAGUUCCUGCCGAGCGGGUUUUUUAGUUCUCCUGUUGAUACCUUGAGGGAAAUAGUAAUUGAGCAUUAUCUUCAACUCUUGG